ACUCAAAUUCACAUUAAAUUCGCCCCAAAUUCUUCCCAAAUUAAACCCAAAUUCACAAUCGAUUGCCAUUUGCCCAUCCUUUUCCUCCCCGCCACUUGCAUCCAUCCCUUUCUCUCUCCUCAUUUUCUACAUUUUCUCUCUCAUCAUGGAAAAACACUCUCCCCUAAUUCUUACAUAGAGCCUGUCAUGAUUGUCUCAUCGGAGCCGCCGUCCGCCACUCCAUGGCACGGCGGCGCCUCCGCCGGGGAUGAUUUCGUAAUACCCUCCGAUCUAACUUCCUUUUGGCCGCCGCCGCCGGAAAAUUCCACCGCCGCCGCCACGCCGCCGCCCCUAUUAACCCAAGAAAGCCUCCAGCAGCGUCUCCUCAGCUUGAUCGAAGGCGCCCAAGAGACAUGGACAUACGCUAUUUUCUGGCAGUCCUCCGCUGUUGACGGCGGCGGAGGCGGCGCCGCCGCCGCCGCCGUAUUAGGGUGGGGCGACGGCUACUAUAAAGGAGAGGAAGACAAAGCCAAGCGCAAAACGGCGUCGUCUGCUGCCGAACAGGACCACCGCAAAAGGGUGCUCCGGGAGCUCAACUCCCUGGUCGACCCUCUCGCCGGCGGCGGUGCCGCCGCCGCCGCCGUCGACGAAGAAGUCACCGACACCGAGUGGUUCUUCCUCAUCUCCAUGAUGCAGACUUUCGCCGCCGGCGUCGGCCUCCCCGGCCACGCCUUCUCCGGCCAAGCUCCGGUCUGGGUCGCCGGCGGCGACCGCCUCGCCGCCACGCCGUGCGACCGGGCCCGUCAAGCUUCGGGCUUCGGGCUCCAGACCGUCGUCUGUAUACCGUUAUUUAACGGCGUCGUCGAGCUCGGCUCUACUGAGGUGAUUUUCCAAAACUCCGAUCUCAUGAAGGAAGUCAAACUUCUCUUCGAUUUCAACGAAUUCGGGCCGGGAUCGGGCUUCUGGGCUCGGCCCGAUGUCGAUCCAGCCGACCUCUGGCUAACCGACCCGUCUCCGGAGAUCGACGAUUCCAUCAAUGCUAACGGUAACAAUAACGCCGUUACUAACGGUAAUGUGAUUUCCGUUCCUUCUAACAUCAACGAUGCUUCAAAGCAAACGGUGUUUGGCAAUGAAAACCUCAAUUUAGAACAUCAUCGAUUGAAUUUCUCCGAUUACGGCGGCGGCGGCGGCGGCGGCGGAAUCUGCAAGCCGGAGUCGGGAGAGAUACUGAAUUUCGGCGACGGCGAAAAGAUGGGAGUUUCGGAUAGGGUUCAAGACGGAAAUAAGGGAAGUAGGAAUAGUUGUAAGAAGAGGAAGGUUAGUAAUAGCGACGGGACCGGCGCCAUUGUCUCGUUAAAGACCGACGACAUUAUUACCGUUGGCGUUGAAUCGGAUCAUUCGGAACUCGAAGCAUCGAUCGCGAAAGAAAUGGAAAGCAAAGUCGGAGAAAUCGAGAACGAAAAACCUCGCCCGAGAAAACGGGGUCGAAAGCCCGCAAACGGGCGGGAAGAGCCGUUAAACCACGUGGAAGCCGAGCGACAACGGCGCGAGAAGCUAAAUCAACGAUUCUACACGCUCCGAGCCGUCGUGCCCAAUGUGUCCAAAAUGGACAAGGCGUCUUUGCUCGAAGACGCGAUUACUUACAUCAAAGAAUUACAGUUAAAACUACAAGACUCUGAAAUAAAUAAAGAGGGGUUGCUGAGUCAAAUCGAGUCAGUGAAAAAGAACUCGAGGAAAGUUCUGGAGGCUUCAAAAUCGGGCCGGGCUCCGACCCAAAAUGUAGAUAUCGAUAUCGAUGUUAGGAUCAUCGGACGGGACGCGAUGAUUCGGGUCCAAUGUUGCAAGAAGAAUCACCCGGCCGUGAAGUUGAUGGUCGCACUUAUGGAGUUGGAUCUCGACGUGCACCACGCGAGUGUGUCCGUCGUGAACGACUUGAUGAUCCAACAAGCGACGGCGAGGAUGGAAGGGCGAGUGUAUUCACAAGAUCAACUUCGUGUAGCGUUGGUAUCCAAAAUUUCCAGAGAAAAUUAAAUUUUGGCGCCGUUCUCAGAGAAUUCGUUUGUUGUUGUAUGAUAUUUGAUUUGUUAGAUGUAAGAAGUUUUUUUUUUUUAAGUUUUUAGUAAGUAGUUCUUUGUGUUUUUGUAAGAUAGAAUUUGAAUCUUGCAAUUUAUUAUGUGCUUGUGUAUA